CUACUUCUCUUUCUGGCUCUUCCAAAGAGUCUUGUUGUACAUCCCCACAUUUGAGGAACUGGUGGUGCAUUAUCCCUGCUAGUAAUGAGGCUUUUCGCUGGCGGCCCCGGCCGGGGUCGUCAUUAUUUGCCACAUAUCUUAGUGGCCAUUUUGGCUCUUGUUGAUAUUGUUUCUGCUGACCCUUACAUAUAUGCCUCUCCACCACCACCGUAUGUGUACAAGUCUCCACCACCUCCUUCUCCCUCUCCACCACCACCAUACGUGUACAAGUCCCCGCCACCUCCUUCUCCCUCUCCUCCACCACCGUACGUGUACAAGUCCCCACCACCUCCUUCUCCCUCUCCUCCACCACCAUACGUGUACAAGUCCCCACCACCACCAUCACCUUCUCCACCACCACCACCAUCACCCUCUCCUCCACCACCUUACUACUAUAAAUCACCUCCUCCACCCUCACCAUCUCCUCCACCACCUUACUACUACAAGUCCCCACCACCUCCAUCACCUUCACCACCACCACCUUACUAUUACAAGUCUCCACCACCUCCAUCACCUUCCCCACCACCACCAUACUACUACAAGUCUCCACCACCUCCAUCACCCUCGCCACCACCACCUUACUACUACAAGUCCCCACCACCACCUGAUCCCUCACCACCACCACCUUACUACUACAAGUCUCCACCACCUCCAUCACCAUCACCACCUCCACCUUAUUACUACAAGUCUCCUCCACCACCUUCACCAUCACCACCUCCACCUUAUUACUACAAGUCUCCUCCACCACCUUCACCAUCACCUCCACCACCAUACUACUAUUCUUCCCCACCACCACCCAAGAAAUCACCUCCUCCACCAUACUACUAUUCUUCCCCACCACCACCCAAGAAAUCACCUCCUCCACCAUACUACUACUCCUCUCCUCCACCACCCAAGAAGUCACCUCCACCCCCAUACUACUACAGCUCUCCACCACCACCAGUUAAGUCACCACCACCCCCAUACUACUACUCUUCCCCUCCACCACCUACUCCUUACUAUCCUCCUCAUCAUUCCUUGAUCGUUAAGGUUGUCGGAAAAGUCUAUUGCUACAGAUGCUAUGACUGGAAAUACCCAAAGAAAUCCCAUGACAAGAAGCACCUCAAAGGUGCUGUUGUUGAGGUGACAUGCAAGGUUGGUGACAAGAAAAUCAAGAGCUAUGGUACCACUAAGAUUAAUGGAAAAUAUAGCAUAACUGUUGAAGGAUUUGAUUAUGCCAAAUAUGGAGCAGAUGCAUGCAAGGCUAAACUCCACAAAGCACCAAAGGAUUCAAAAUGUAACAUCGCCACAGAUCUUCAUUGGGGCAUCAAGGGUGCUAAACUCAAAGUGAAGUCAAAGAAUCACUAUGAAGUUGUGCUCUCUGCUAAACCAUUUGCUUAUGCUCCAAAAACUCCAUAUCAAGAAUGCAUGAAGCCUAAGCCAACCCCAACUCCUUACUACUACAAAUCUCCUCCACCUCCAUCACCAAAAUACGUGUACAAGUCCCCACCUCCUCCUUCACCAAAAUAUGUGUACAAGUCACCACCACCUCCAUCACCAAAGUACGUGUACAAGUCACCACCUCCUCCAUCACCUAAAUACGUAUACAAGUCACCACCACCUCCAUCACCAAAGUACGUGUACAAGUCACCACCUCCUCCAUCACCUAAAUACGUAUACAAGUCACCACCACCUCCAUCACCAAAGUACGUGUACAAGUCACCACCUCCUCCAUCACCUAAAUACGUAUACAAGUCACCACCACCUCCAUCACCAAAGUACGUGUACAAGUCACCACCUCCUCCAUCACCUAAAUACGUAUACAAGUCACCACCACCUCCAUCACCAAAGUACGUGUACAAGUCACCACCUCCUCCAUCACCUAAAUACGUAUACAAGUCACCACCACCUCCAUCACCAAAGUACGUGUACAAGUCACCACCUCCUCCAUCACCUAAAUACGUAUACAAGUCACCACCACCUCCAUCACCAAAGUACGUGUACAAGUCACCACCUCCUCCAUCACCUAAAUACGUAUACAAGUCACCACCACCUCCAUCACCAAAGUACGUGUACAAGUCACCACCUCCUCCAUCACCUAAAUACGUAUACAAGUCACCACCACCUCCAUCACCAAAGUACGUGUACAAGUCACCACCUCCUCCAUCACCUAAAUACGUAUACAAGUCACCACCACCUCCAUCACCAAAGUACGUGUACAAGUCACCACCUCCUCCAUCACCUAAAUACGUGUACAAGUCACCACCACCUCCAUCACCAAAGUACGUGUACAAGUCACCACCUCCUCCAUCACCUAAAUACGUGUACAAAUCUCCACCACCUCCCUCACCUAAGUACGUGUACAAGUCCCCACCACCACCAUCACCUAAAUACGUCUAUAAGUCCCCACCUCCUCCAUCACCAAAGUACGUAUACAAGUCUCCACCACCUCCUUCACCUAAAUACGUCUACAAGUCCCCUCCUCCUCCAUCACCUAAAUACGUCUACAAGUCCCCACCACCACCACCAUACUAUUACAAGUCUCCUCCACCACCAUCACCAUCACCACCACCACCAUACUAUUACAAGUCUCCUCCACCACCAUCGCCAUCACCUCCACCUCCCUACUACUACAAGUCUCCACCACCACCAUCGCCAUCUCCUCCACCUCCCUACUACUACAAGUCUCCACCACCACCAUCGCCAUCUCCUCCUCCACCAUACUAUUACAAGUCUCCUCCACCACCAUCACCAUCACCUCCACCUCCCUACUACUACAAGUCUCCUCCACCACCAUCACCAUCACCCCCACCUCCCUACUACUACAAGUCUCCACCACCACCAGACCCAUCUCCUCCACCACCAUACUAUUACAAGUCUCCUCCACCACCAUCACCAUCACCACCACCUCCAUACUACUACAAAUCUCCUCCUCCACCAUCCCCAUCACCACCACCUCCAUACUACUACAAGUCCCCACCACCACCAUCACCAUCACCUCCACCUCCCUACUACUACAUGUCUCCUCCACCACCAUCGCCAUCUCCUCCUCCACCAUACUACUACAAGUCCCCACCACCACCAUCCCCAUCUCCUCCUCCACCAUACUACUACAAGUCCCCACCACCACCAUCCCCAUCACCUCCACCUCCCUACUACUACAAGUCUCCUCCACCACCAUCGCCAUCUCCUCCACCACCAUACUACUACAAGUCCCCACCACCACCAUCCCCAUCUCCUCCUCCACCAUACUACUACAAAUCACCACCUCCACCAUCGCCAUCUCCUCCUCCACCAUACUACUACAAGUCUCCACCACCACCAGACCCAUCUCCCCCACCACCAUACUACUACAAGUCUCCUCCACCACCAUCGCCAUCACCCCCACCUCCAUACUACUACAAAUCACCCCCACCACCAUCCCCAUCACCUCCACCUCCCUAUUAUUACAAGUCUCCUCCACCACCAUCACCAUCUCCUCCUCCACCAUACUACUACAAGUCCCCACCACCACCAUCACCGUCUCCUCCUCCACCAUACUACUACAAAUCACCACCACCCCCAUCACCAUCACCACCCCCUCCCUACUACUACCACUCUCCACCUCCACCCGUGAAGUCUCCUCCUCCUCCAUACUACUACAGCUCACCUCCCCCACCCGUAAAAUCACCUCCCCCUCCAGUAUACAUCUAUGGUUCUCCACCACCACCAGUCCACUACUAAGCAGUUGGAAAAGCUUGGCCAUUUUCCACAACCACUCAAAUUUCAGUUUCAGUCACAAAAUAAGUGAUGGGUUCUUGAGGAGAAGAUUAAUAGUUCCAUGUUCAAAUGCAAUUAAUAAGAUGUUCAACUUUGCAAUUGAGAGGUUGAUUCCUAGUGACUUGGACCACUUUGCUUCUACUUCUCUGGUUUCCUUAUUACACAUUGUUCUCUGUGUGUCUUCACGUGGAAAGUGGCUUAAAUAGUUGGAAAUAGUAAUUAUACAUCAUCUAGUGUACAAUUUCAUAUGUUGCUUCUUUAUAGUAAUAAUAAUUUAUUAUUAUUAUAUGUAUAGGCUUUGUAAUUUGAUUCGUUUUGCUCUUAAUUAUUGUUGGCCGUCUCCUAGUGCCUACUUGUGCUUUUGUGCACCAAAUCAAUAAAGAGAUGAAUUUUGCUCA